CGGCUAGCUGAGAGGCUGAGCCGGGUGCCAGUCCAGGCAUGUUGGCAGAUCCCGACCAUAUGGUCAUGAUCUUUCCCAAGCCUUUACUGACUGUCAGCAGAGAGUGGACUUCAGCCCGCUGUCUGCUGAAAACGGGUCAAAGGAGUGCAGAAGGAACUGCACUCCUGUGAUACAGCUUUGGCUGUACUUUCUCCUUUUUAAAAGGAGAAGUUCACCUAAAAAAAAAAAAAAUUGAAUGCAAAUUUUUGCGGGUAAAGAAUUAAUCGUUGAACUACCAUAGCACUCAACAGUGCCGUGGUUGUUUCUUGAGAACGACAAGUCAACAGCCGCAAAGGCUGUGUGUAGUUGUAGUUCAUUCACAGGGCUCUAAAUGAUGCAGCCAUAUGGGCAGAGCCCUGAAUGGCCGCACUCUUCAAAAACUGACAGCUUGUAUGGGGAACAUCUCCCUGUACUGCUGUCAGUGACCGUUCGGAUCGCUGUGCCGCGGGAACAUGUUGCAUGUUCCACCCUGAAAAUGGGCAGAACAUAUAACAUGUUCCCAAACCUGCCAUUAUCCUAUAACUGCAGCAGAGAAAAAUCGGGUCUCCUGCCCUGCCAGACAGGCCUGUACUGUGUGGCUAAAUCUUGGGGUUGGAUGUACAGAAAUGCAAAUUCUUUGGCUAGUAAAACUGGUUCCAUAUAAGCAUUUCAUGCGUUUAAGCUUUUUGCCUGGAGUUUAGCUUUAAUGUAUGCCUGUAUCAUCUUAAAUCCUUUCCAAAUUUUUUUUUUUUUUUUAUCUUAAUUGGUGAUCAGGAACAUUGGUCAUUUAGGCUUACUGGCCCUUUAACUUUACCGAAGGAUAUAAAUCAAAAGUAGUCUUUAGUAACUUUGUCCAUUCACUGUGAUGCUGAAGCUGUCAAGCUAGAUGCCAGUUCAUAUUGGCCUUGUCUUUACACUGCAUUAUGGAAACUCAUUGCACCUUCAUACAAUUGGAGACCUCCAAUUUCACGAUACAACUUUGGAGAGUUUUGGUUUCUAGCUGAACAUGUUAUAUAUCCAACAUGGGGCCUAAUAAACAAAUUAUUGGGGCAAAUGCAAUAUUCUUGAAAUUUCAACUCGGCCCUUCUCAUUGGCUCUGUUUGGGACAGUACCUUCCUUGUGGUCCAGGUGAUGGCUAGGUGUUUUGUCUUAUGCUUUGUGUUUCCCGGUUUCAUUUUGAACUUGUAUCUAUGUAUGUCUCUACCAGACACCCCAGCAUAUGACUUGCUCCUGCAGAUUACUGGAGAGCCAGUAAGAAUACCACCUUACCCUCUCAGACCAUAGUGUAGGGAGCACAGUGUUUUAUGUCACCAUACACUUAGCUUUUCUUUUUUUUUUUUCUUUUUUUAUUAUUACUUUGUAAUUUACUCAGUAGAAUUUUAUAUUUAUAUACCUUUUUUUUUGUUUUUUUUGUUUGUUUUUUUUCUUUGCAUGACUGUCAGUUCUCACAAACUUCGGUCACCAGUGGAGAGCAAAUGAUCAAAGGGAGGGGGGGCAAAUUUUAUUACUGGAAUAUUUUCGUGUUUCUUUUUCUCCCCCUUCCUACUUUACCCUAUCCGUUCAGGAUAACAUCGGACAUCGCUUACUGCAGAAGCAUGGGUGGAAGCUUGGCCAAGGCCUGGGGAAAUCCCUUCAGGCAUAAUACCCCUGGACUUGUGAUGGUAAACUUAGCCGUGGCAGAACCGAUCCUAUCCCCAUUGUUGUUAAAUAUGAUGUCAUGGGAAUGGGCCGCAUGGAAAUGGAGCUGGAUUAUGCAGAGGAUGCCACAGAGCGAAGACGUGUACUGGAGGUGGAAAAAGAAGAUACAGAGGAGCUGAGACAGAAAUACAAGGAAUUUGUGGACAAGGAGAAAGCCAUAGCGAAAGCCCUGGAGGAGCUACGUGCGAACUUCUACUGCGAGUUAUGUGACAAGCAGUAUCAGAAGCACCAGGAGUUUGACAACCACAUCAAUUCCUAUGACCACGCACACAAACAGAGGCUAAAGGAGCUGAAGCAGCGAGAGUUUGCCCGCAAUGUUUCUUCGCGGUCACGGAAGGAUGAGCGCAAACAGGAGAAGGCAUUACGACGUCUGCUUGAGCUGGCUGAGCAGAGGAAACAAGCCGAAGGUAGUGCUCCAGGAAUUGGCCCUAGGUUUAAAGCCAUCACAGUUGCAGCAGAUGAAGAAGGUACAGAAGAUGAAGAUAUGCCAAGUUCAGCUGACCAAGAUAGGCAAGAUAGCCCAAAACACAUUGAGGAAGAAAAAAUACUCGAGACAAUCUCUGCCCCAACUCCACCAACAGCUACAACAGGAGUUACUUUUGGUUUUAAAAGUCCAGCUAGUGCCUCGCUACUUCAGAAGGUGGGCUUCUCUUUCUCCUUUGCCAAGAAAACUCCAUUAAAGCUGGAGUCAGCAGCUGUCUUCAAGGACCAUGGUGAGGAAGUGGGAAUAACUGAGGAAGAGAAGGAAGAAGACAAAGCCUGUCCUGAAAUUAUAAGCAUGGUUCAAAGUCCGGUGGAAGCAGAGUGCAGCAAAGAGAGUGAAAUCAAAGUGGAGGAAGAGGAAGGUCAGGGAGAGGAUGAUGGCUGCUCUCUUGCUAGCACCUUAUCCAAACUUAACAAGAUGAAACAGGAGGAAAGAUGUGCUCAAGCAGGGGAGCCAGAGUAUUAUCACUACAUGCCACCUGCUCAUUGCAAGGUGAAGCCCAACUUUCAGUUUCUACUUUUCAUGAGGUCUACAGAGCAAACACAGACUGAGUGCGAACUUUCAAAAGAGAAGAAACAGGCUGCUUCGAGCAAGGCCAAGCCUUCAAAACAGACGGAAAGUAAAGGGGAGAAGAGCAUAGCUGGUGAUGGUAAGGCGACUCAGGCAGCAGAAAGCAUUGCUUCUCCAAGUUUACCUAAGGCAGAGAAGAAAGAGGCUGAUGAAGGCAAAGAAAAGCCCAACACCAAUUUAAAUGAAGACCCUCCUAAGAAAUCCCCAAUGCCUACAAAAGAACAGCCAGAGCAUCCAAAACACCCAACUGGUCCUUUUUUUCCAGUUUUAAGCAAAGAUGAGAGCACAACCCUGCAGUGGCCCACUGAGCUCCUCAUAUUCACCCAAGCAGAGCCUUCAAUCUCCUACAGCUGUAACCCUUUAUAUUUUGACUUCAAGCUUUCCCGGAACAAAGAUGGCAAAGGAAAGCUGGCUGGCAAGACGAAAGACAGCCCAGGCACUAGCAAAGAUAGCCUACCACCCGCUGAAGCAAAUAAAGACCACGUCGCAGUAAAGAAGGAAGGCAUCGCUGUGGCACUUGCAUGUGGUACUCAGUCAAAAGCUUCCUCAACACCUCUCGGUGAUCUAAAACCUGAAUCCAUUGAGGAAGAGAACAAAGAAUCAACAGGGAAGUCUCAUAAGCAUAAAAAGAAAAAAAAGCACAAGAAAAGCAACAAACGCAAGCGGAAACACACUGAAGGAGAUGAGGGGUCAGAGCAGAAAACGAAGAAGAGAAAGAAACAUAAGCACAAGAAGUCAAAGGGUUCCUCAAAAACAGUGUUAAAGGUAGAGUCUGAGCCUAGUCCAUCUCCUGCCUUGAAAAGCCACACUAAAGAGUUAGGCAUGCAAAAGUCUGUAAAUAAAGAGGACAGUACUGGGAAUGUCACUACAAAACAGGACCUUCCUGCUUCCUCCAAAGAGCCUGAAAGCAAAAAGUCUAAAACUGAACUUAAACCAUCACUCCCACCUCCUGCUACUGUCCCAUCAUCUUCAUCUCACCGAAAUACACCCAGCAAGGCAAGAAGCCGACACAGUAGUGGUGAAGAUGACAGUGAAGAUGAUGCAGGAAGGAAAAAAUCCACCUCUAGAUAUAGUGAUGAGUAUGAUUCUACUAGUGACCGCUCCAGAAGUCGAUCAAGGUCUGGAAAGAGACGCCGGUCCUCCUCAUCCAGUUCAGGUGGCUCCACAGAUAGAAGUCGAUACAGUCACAAUCGAAGUUAUUCAGACAGUGACUACAGUGAUUACAGCAGUGGGUCGAGGCGGCGAUCCAAAAGGCGGUCACCAGGUUCAGACUCCGAUUCUGUGGCUUCUAAGAGACAUUCCACUAGGCAUAAAUACUCCUCUUCUGACUAUAGUCACAGUCGUUCUAGAAGUAGAAGCCGAUCAAGAGGAAGUAGGAGCCGAGGCAGAGGGAGGUCUAGCAGUCGUAGCCGAAGUCGGAGUAAGAGGAGAAGUCGCAGCAUUACAGGUCACAGUUGGAAGCGUAGUCGCAGUUAUAGUAGAGAACGGAGUACAAGCACUCGCAGUCAUUCUGGGAAAGGAUCACGUGGGCGAGACAGUGUAGAUAGCCGUCGAGGUGGUAGGCGGGAUUUUAAUCGUUCGAAGAUAUACCGUUCUCAGUCUCCACAUUUUACUCGCUCUGGAAGCCGGAGAGAGGAGAGUCGAUCAGAACCAAAAGGAAUGAGCAGCUCCAACCAGCCACAUAAGAGCACAGAAAAGGACUAUAUCCGAUGUUCUCUAACAGCUAAACAGCUGCUUGAGAAAAUUCAGUCACGGCGUUUGGAAAAGGCAGCAGAGGUUGGAACUUCAAAGCCAGGAGCUAAAGUAAAGGAUCCACCUCAGGGAUAUUUUGGCCCCAAGUUACCACCUGUUCUUGGCAAUAAAACUUCGCAACUGCCUAUGAUAGGCAAAUUGCCAGCAGGAUCUAAAGUCACGGGCCUGCUGAAAGUGGAGAACGAUUUGGGUGGGGUCUCUGUUACUGCAGAUGGGGAGAAGGACAAAGACACUAAGCUUUCUUCACAGGUGGACAAUACUCCACCACCGGACAAUACUCCACCGCCGGAGCCACCUGCACCAACUGCAGAACAUCUGCCAGCAGAGGGCACUGUCUUUCAGCCGCCUCCUCCAGAAAUUGCAGAAGGUGCUGUACCACAACCUUUAGGCAAUGGUAGUCUUCCUUUUCCACCUAUUCAUGGAAUGAUGAUGCCGCCACCACCUGAGGGUGAAUUUUUCCCCCCAUCAGCAUACCCACCUAUUGCAAUGGAUUCAAAUGCCCCCCGUCUAGAAGAGGAAGAGGAGGGGGUGGAGGAAGAAGAGGAUGACGAGGGCUCUCUGGCACCUCUGGAGAGCCAGCCUAUCACUUUCACGCCUGAAGAAAUGGAGAAGUACAGUAAGCUACAGCAAGCGGCCCAGCAGCAUAUACAGCAACAGUUUAUGGCCAAGCAGGUUAAAAGUUUCCCAGGAGGGGCAAUUCCACAAGCCCUACAGCCUGCAGCACCUUCCCUUCAGCCUAUUCACAUUCAGCAAGCACAGCCUCCAGUGUCUGCUGCCUCCAUAACCACUAUGCAGCAUGCCAUCCUUCAGCAUGCAGCAGCUGCUGCAGCCAUGGGCAUCCCAUCCCACCCACAGUCUUUGUCCCAAAUCCACCACAUCCCUCAGCCUCAUCUAUCACCUUUCUCACUCUCCCAUCUCACCCAUUCUCUAAUCCCAGCCCACCCACAUGCUUUCCUAGCUAGUCACCCCAUACACAUAAUCCCAGCUUCUGCCCUCCAUCAUGCUGGACCUCACAUACUUCACCAUGUACCCCAUGCCCUCUACCCGACUCUGUUUGCUCCUCGGCAAGCCUCGGCAGCUACAGCUUUGCAUCUGCACCCUCUGCUUCACCCCAUCUUCUCAGGCCAGGACCUGCAACACCCUCCUAGUCAUGGGACAUGAGACCACCUUCAUGAACUUGACAACUGCACCAGAUUUUGGCACUAAAGAGGGGCAUUAAAGCUGCAAAGGGCAAUUAAUGCAGUACAAAGACGUUGUGUCCUAUUGGAGGGGUGAGGACACUUUGGCCUACACUGCGAAGUCUGUUCCUUGUUUGUAGGUUCCCAUAUCUUCCAUUUUAAUUCAACUUUAAGGAAGGGGGGAUUAUUCACUAAUGUAUACCUUCUAAAGUCACAAUGUUUUUUUUUUUUUGUUUUGCUUUUUCAUUUUCAGUGUAGUUACCAGGAGUCUGUCGGCACCAUCGCCUAGAAUUUGAAAUCCUAAAAAUGAAUGUCUCCAGUAGUGGGAUCUUCAUUUGUAGUCUUGAUCACUCAUGAAGCUAGGGCAGUGACACAGCCGGCAAAGGCUUUGAGAUUAUAAGUUCGCCCUCAUCAGGUGUGGGUGCUUACCUUUUGGGAAGGUAAAACCGUUCUAUAUAUGUUUUGUUGUGUAUUUAACUUUUGGCAGGAACUGCCUUCUAAGUACAAAACUGGUCACUUGACCUGGGUUAUAGCAUUAAUCCAGAAAAGGGGGGGGGGGCAUUCUACAUGAAGGUGGGUCUUCUCCUGACACUUCCAAAGUGAUUAUUUUCUGUAUAGACUAGGCCACUGGCAGAAAUGGACAGUUGCUUCUCUGCAAUGAUGUCAACCCAAAUCAUGAUGUUGAGGAUGCAGCGAUGGAACAAGUCUGAAAAGAAGAUUUAAAAAGGCAUCUGCACUCUGUAUCAUAUUUUCUUCUUGCUGUAGUGUAUAUUAAACCGAAAGGGCAAAAAGUAUAGUUUUUAACUAGUUUGCAAAAAAAAAAAACUUUCUGCUGCUGUGGCAUGUAUAUUUUAUCAGAUUUUUUUUUUUUUGACGUUUUAUGUAUGAUACAACUGUACAAAAAGUAAUAAAAGAGAACCUUAAGGUUUGAAGAAAAAUCCAUGUAAUAUUAUACGAAGGUUUAAUAAAAGAACAAAAGAUUUGUGUUAAA